CUUCAAUGUGUGUUAAUGUUUGUGUGUGAAUGUGCGCUAAAAAUCCUUACCAUGACUGAUGGGAAUACGAUUAUCUUAAGAGUGGCCGUGAUUAUCUCCGUAUUUCAACUCUCUACUGGAGUGGACUCAGAAGGCGCCGUCGCCAAAUACACCUGUGACGACGGCUACGAACUCUUUGGAGGGUCGCAGCGCACUUGCUCGCAGACGGGCACCUGGCAGGGUGAAUUGCCUUUUUGUGGAACGAAUAUCGCUUUCCGCAAACCCGCAAACCAGAGCACGAGCGUUCGCGGGGGAGCCGCAGGGAAUGGCAACGACGGCGAGUUCACGACUGUUCACGAAGGCCAGCGCUGCACCGAGACCCAGAAAGAGACGUCGCCCUGGUGGUCGGUGGACUUGCUGCAGCCGUACACCGUGGGAGUGGUGCGAGUCACCACUCGAGGAUGCUGCGGUCACCAGCCACUCAAAGAUAUCGAAAUACGAGUGGGCAACAGCAGCACCGAUCUACAGAGGAAUCCCCUUUGUGCAUGGUUUCCUGGUACUAUAGAAGAAGGAGUGACGAAGACAUUUUCAUGCGCGCGACCUCUUGUGGGGCAGUUCGUGUUCUUGCAGCUCGUCGGCGUGGAUGGCUCACUCUCUGUCUGCGAGGUGGAAGUGUUUACUACCGACGAAUUUUCCAACGCAAGGUGUGCGCCGUCGGGCACAAGCGAAGACGCUCAGAUCUCCGCUUUCUCACGCACCUGUUACGAGUUCCCGGGCGGCCGCGGUGGAUCGUACGCGGAAGCGCGAGCCCAUUGCCAGCGCCACGGGGGAGAUCUGGUGCACGGCCUGGCGAGCGGCGACGCCGCCGCUGCCUUCCUCGUGGCUGAGUUGGAGCGGAGGAAAAUGCAUCUCAAGACGCAACUCGUGUGGAUUGGUGCAACGCGGGAUCCAGGCUUCACCUCACGCACCUGGCGCUGGGUGGACGGUGAAGUUGUGGCGAAACCUUCAUGGGGUAAAGAUCAGCCAAAUAACUACAAUGGCGAGCAGAAUUGUGUCGUACUUGAUGGUGGUCGUAACUGGUUGUGGAACGACGUUGGCUGUAAUCUUGAUUACCUUCACUGGAUUUGUCAGCACACACCUCCAACAUGCGGUAGCCCUGAUAAACUUCUCAACACCACAUUCAUAGGUUCAAAUUAUAGCAUUGGUUCAGUGAUAACGUAUAAGUGCCCAGUAGGGCACACACUAGUUGGAAAUAACUUCAGGACAUGUGACAAGAAUGGAUUUUGGACUGGUGGUGCUCCAUCGUGCAAAUAUAUUGACUGUGGACCGCUGAACGAGAUAAGUCAUGGCAUAGUUCGAAUAGAAGACAAUCGAACAACAUUUGGAGCAGGUGUUUCGUACACAUGUCAUGAAAAUUAUACUCUAGUUGGCCAUGAGAAGAGAACAUGCGAGGAAAAUGGAUUGUGGAGUGGAGAGGAGCCGCAGUGUCUUUAUGACUGGUGUCCAGCACCUCCAGAAAUACACGGGGGCUAUAUUAAUAUUUCUGGUCAAAGAGCAGGAUCUACAGCCACCUACAACUGUCAGUCAGGCUUCAUCUUGUUCGGAGAAUCGGUGAUAUCUUGCAGUCUUGGUGGUGAAUGGUCAGGAAAAGCACCGGUUUGCAAAUUUGUGGACUGCGGAGCACCUGCUCAUAUAGACAAUGGGCAAUAUAUUCUUCUUAAUGAGACAACAACUUAUGGCAGUUUAGUUGUAUAUUCUUGUCAUGAAGACUAUUGGCUCGAUGGCACGGAGAAGCAAAUGUGUUCCAGGGAAGGAAAGUGGUCCGCAAAUACUCCUUCGUGCGUCUUAAUUACUUGUGAUGAACCAGAUGUACCCCCAGGCGGAUAUGUUGUAGGGUAUGAUUUCAAUGUUCAUUCCACUAUAAAUUACCAUUGUGAAGCUGGUUAUUUACUUCGAGGUGAACCAGCUCUUGAAUGUACCGUUCAUGGAGAAUGGUCCGGGGAACCACCUACUUGUGAAUUUAUAGACUGUGGAAAGCUCCCUCCUAUGCCUUAUGAAAUCCGCUGUCCUGAACCUGUGCUUGCUGAACACAGCAUCCUAUCAGUAACUGGUAACGACAGAGUAUAUGGUAGAACCCUUAUAAAAACUGCUGUGUCUGCAGUGUCAGUAGCCACUUACAAGAUUGGAUCUCUUGUUAAAUACCGUUGUGAAAGAGGCUAUAAAGUUGUUGGUGAUCCAUUAAGCACUUGUGAAGAAACAGGCCAAUGGAGUGAUGUCGAUUGUGGAAGUCCAGGAAGUCCACUUCAUGGAAAAUACAGUCUAGCGUCUAAUGCAACAUUCUAUGGAGUUGUCGUUCUGUAUGAAUGUGAAAAAAAUUAUGAAUUGGACGGGCAUGGAAGGCGUUUAUGUUUAGAGAAUGGCACUUGGAGCUCAGAAACUCCUCAAUGCAGAGAAAUACAGUGUUCAGAGCCAGAGAAAGAACCAGGAAUGAUAGUGCAUGUGACAACUUACAGUAUUGGCGGAGUUGCUCAGUAUUCUUGUCAGAAGGGUCAGUACCUGACUGGAUCAGCUACACGUACUUGUCAGAAAGGAGGAUGGACAGGACAAAUACCAACCUGUAAAUAUGUAGAUUGCAAACAUCCAGGCAGUAUUGAGAAUGGUAGAUCAACAACUUACAACAGUGCUGUAGAAUACCAUUGUAUAAAAGAUUUUGAAAGAAUAGGAUUGUAUCUGAGAAAAUGUCUUGAAAAUGGAUCUUGGUCUGGUGAAGAACCUCGAUGUGAAAUCAUCACAGCUGAAGAGGCUGUUUCUUCUAACUUGGGUUUGACAAUUGGAAUUGCAGCUGGUGUUGUUCUGUUCCUAUUAAUAAUUUUAGGAGUGAUUUAUCUAAGACUGCGCAAACCAACUCCAGUCAAAAACACCGAAAAUAUUGAAGGAGCGUUACGCAAAGAAGAUCAAAAUGCUGCUGUGAUGUCUUAUGCCACUCUAAAUGGAAGUGGCAGUUAUGGUAUGCCAAAUCAUCCAAAUUUAUACGAUAAUGUUAAUGAUAGUGAAAAUAUGUAUGAUGCUCCAUAUGAAGUGGCAGGGCCAUUGUCACAUCAUUAUGAGCCUUCUCCAAUGGGAAGAGAUUUAUCAGGUCCAAUGGUCACAAUAAAUGGAGUAGCGGUUCGAUGAAAGUUUCUAUUAAAAUUGUUUUUCAUAAAAUGUAUUUAAAAAGAUAUAAAGAGCAGUGAUUUUUCUUCCGAUAUGUUAAUUGGAUGAAAUAAAUCAACAGAGAACUGUGAAUUAAAAAAUAAGUCUGACAGAAAAAGGUCUAAAUAUUUUCACUAGUAAAUGAUAUUAAUAUUAUUAUUCACAAUGUUUAACUGUGAUUGUACAUAAUUAUAUUUGUAUAGAAAUGUGUAUAAAAAGUAUAAAUAAAGUGAUGUGUUAUUU